AUGACAGUUAUUGUUUUUCUGCUUGACAACAGCGCAGCAAUGAACCAGCGCACUUUUCAAGGCACUACGUUACUAGACGUAGCAAAGUCUGCGAUAGAGAUUUUUUUCAAAAUAAGGAUGAGCAAAUCAAGAGUAGAUCGUUAUUUUGUGCUUACUUUGAAUUCUGACAUAAGUUAUGUCAAACUUACCGGUUGGAAGCAGAAUGUUGAUCUUCAGUUACUUCAUUCUGCCUUAAAUAAUAUAAAACCAGACGGUUUAGUUGAUUUGUCAACUGGUAUUCAAAGAACAUUCCGGAUGUUAAAUAUAAAUAGAUUGCAACUCGGACUGGAAAAUUAUGGGAUGGGGAUUUAUCCAUCAUGCAUUGAACCCUCUGUAAUAAUAUGUAUUACUACUAGCAUAGGCUCAUACAGUUUUGAUGGCCAAAUUUUCAAUGAUGCAUCUAUAACUUCCAUAGAAUCUGCCGUUCUUGGGAAUGUUUUGACAAAAGAAACUUUCCGUUGGGAUUACCGCAUGUAUUCUCUGGUACUUCGUUUUCCCGCAUUUGUCAGUAAUAUUCAUGGUGGUAGCUCCAUAAGAUCAGAAACAAUCUCGCCGCUUAAAAGACUUGCGGAGAAAACUGGCGGUGAAAGUUUUGAUGUUUACGACGGUCGGGAACUCCACCAGUGUCUUGACUCUCUUGUCACAAAAUGCCAACCUGGCGUGGUUUUAAAAUUACGAAGGUCUGCUGACUGCGUUGAUGCGGCUCUCCAAGAGAAAUCCGUAAAGCAGUUGAUGUCAGUUAAGCUAAUGGGAAGGUCAUCGUCUUGGCCUAUCCCAGAACAAUUUUGGCCUGAUGAUGAGAUGCUAGCAUCAGAGUUGCCACCUAGAAGUGCACAUCCUGAAGUCCUUGUAUCUAAAGUUCCUGUGGUGGAACCUGAGUUGCCCGAGUAUUUCCCCGUCGACCGUUACGAGUUGACUCCAUCACAUUUUACGAAAGAAUUUCUAAAUUCGUCGGAGCAAAAUAUGGUUUGGCGGUGUUUCAGCUAUGGUAUCAAAAAGAGUCAGAAUGCACCGUUUGGUUAUUUAAAAGUAUCAAGUGAUCUCCAGUCAGUACAUCUGCAUAUACUUCCUUACAAUUAUCCUGUAUUUCUUCAGUUACUUGGUGAUAUAUGUGAUCAUAAACGUAUGACGGAAGCCUGGGGUCAUCAGUUUGUGAACUAUCUAGGAACCAUACCGAAAUAUUACUUUAUGCCCCUAGCGAAGGCGUUUGAACGAAUAGGGUUUGUCGGGAUGAUUAAGCCUGAAGCUAUUGACCGUGCACUUCCUUAUCAAUUGAAACAUUCUUUGCAAAAGCUUCGGCAUUCAGCUAAAAUUGAAUACGAUAACUUCGUGCGUAUGACGCAAACUGACAGCCCCACAAACCCAACUGUUACUUUACCAUCAGCCUUAUUGCCUUUACCUUUGUGGCCGCUACGUGAAUUUAAAUCGAUGUAUAUCAAACCUAAGCGUCUUCAUUCAAAUUCUCUCCGACCUUGUAAUAUAUCUCGAACCAAGUUGCGCGUAGUUUUGGGAAAAAUGAGGCAUGAACUUGAUAACCUCCUAAAUGGUUCAUCUAGCAUCCGAGCAGUUGACUUGAUUCAUCAACAACCAGUCGCCUUAAUGGGUGAUUAUGUUAACUACAGAAAUUCCCGGCAGGUCGAAACACCUUUGAGGGAGAUAAAUCCAACUCCUGAACGGUCAGAUACAUUCGGAAACCCUUUCCGACGGAAGUCUACAUCCUUCGUCGCGGAUGAAGGUUUCGUUGAUGAGAUGGAUUCAUUGCAAGUUAAUUCUUGUAAUCCGAAUACAGUUUUGCUCAAUUUUGGACGAAAAAAGUCUGCACAAACCACCAAAAAUCCUCAAGCAAGAGUCAAAGGUCCCUUACCUCCGUAUAUUAAUCACCUAAAUUGGCGUUUUUUCUCGCCGAAAUCUUCACCGCUGUCAUCGCCUAGAUCUUCGGAUAAUACUUUCAGUGAAGAAAUAUCAAGCGCGAUUUCAUCUCCCACAUAUACCGACAAUUCCCCUUCCUUAAUAAACCACUCAAGAUUCGCCAACCAAGCAAUUAUUGAAAAAACAAAUACUUUUGAUACUAGAAAUGCAUCGUCAUUGGAAAGUUUUAAAUUAAACAAGAAAAUCAUGUUCGAAUUAAUUCAUUUGGUUCGACAGCCUUAUACAGUAGAUGCAGUACUGUUAUUUGACCGCAUGAAUGAACUCACUGGUUCAAUUGGACAAAGAGAAGCUGUGGUUUCGAUGUUGAUGUCAGAAGCUUUGAGAUUCAGAAGAUCAUGUCUAUAUUUUUUACUAAGUGACUGGCGAACAUGGUUGCUGCAAAGUGAGAAUUCGAAAGAUCGUGUUAUUUUGCAAAAAUCGAAUCAGGUGGCCGCUAAAAUAAACCAUAUUCAGUUAAAUGGGUGGUCCUGAUCAAAUCGAUCUGUAUAUUAUGAUCUACUUAAUUUAUUUUGUAUAAAACUUUUACAUACUUAAUACUUUCAGAUGUAAAUAACUGAGGGUUUAUUAAUAAUCUUGUACAUGGUGUAUAAAUUCCCCAAAUGUUCUUUCAGAAACGGUCUUAUUUUCAUAAUAACAUUUUGCUCGCUAGUUUGUACACUGUUGAAAUACAACAAAAUUGCUAACAAUUCAUAAUUCUAUGGUUUUAUCGCUUUAGAUUAUUACUGAUGUUCUAUUCAACAUUAGUUUUAGGUU